AUGGUAUCACAAGUCAGUGACAUAAGCAUAGUUUUGAUGAGCAUGCUUUCACAGAUCUGGCAACGGCAACAGCUAUGCGAAUUUCUAAAUAAACUGGAGCACACUGUACAAUGGAUACGCGCCAUAUACGGCCGGAAAUUGAUAAAUGGCCGAGCACUGUUGUUGCUGUGGUUGCAAAUAGGUCUGACAUUUUACGAUGCACUCACUCAACUUGUCUUUCUAUCGAAAUUGGCAUUUAAAAUCGAUCCGUGGCACUUUUUGGUGAACCUGGCGUCACUGUAUCUGCAGCAGUACCGCGCCACUUUGGUACUAUUAAUUUUUGGUUCCAUAAUAUUGCUAACCGCUUGUUAUGAACAAAUGGCAUAUUACUUGGAGAACAUCUCAACUGGUCCAGCAGAUGAGCUAAUGCAUUUUCAGGAUUUGAUUUUAUUGCACAAUGCGUUAAACGGACUCCUUCGACAGCUGAAAGGCAUAUUUCAAUUGCCGAUUUGUUUGAUUGUUUGUGGCGAGUUCAUCAACGUAUUGGCCAAUUUAUAUGCGCAGCUAUAUUAUUAUGUUAUAACAAGAGCUUGGUGGUUAGCAUUCGUCUUCUAUUGCGCCAAGCUUUGCAUUGAAUUGUAUUUACUCAUCCAUGUGGUGCAUUUCUGUUGUAAACAGCAGAAGAGAGUUGCUCAUCUUUUCCUUGAUCGCGAUAUAGAUUUGAAGGAGGGAGCAGAGUGCCGCUUCGAGUUAACUCAUUCAGAUGCAUUGUGGCCGCAGUCAAUUAGAUUUGACAUUCUCGGACUUUUUGAGCUCAACAACGAGUUCUUGCUUUUUCUCAUUUCCUAUUCGGUUAAUUUUGUAGUUAUGAUUUUGCAGUUUGGGUUUUACACCAGUGUUGCCACCCAAAUCAUUUUCCACCUACCAAAUGUACCAAAACGUUUUUGA